AUGGAUUACAACCUCAACGAUCAGAAUUUGGCUCCAGAUACAGUAUCGGCUCAAGAGCCCUCCAAGUUGACAGCUGCAGCCGUCAAAGUCGAUGCUCAGUCUGUCACAAAAAGGCUACAAACGGAACUGAUGCAGCUUAUGAUGUCGCCUUCUCCGGGAAUCUCUGCUUUCCCUGAUACGGAUGGAAACCUGCUUUCUUGGACUGCUACUAUCAAUGGCCCAGACGAUACUCCCUAUGAGAAUUUGGUCCUUAAACUUUCGUUUUCCUUUCCUACGAACUACCCAUAUGCACCUCCGGCUGUUUUGUUCAAAACACCAAUAUACCACCCGAAUGUUGAUUUCUCCGGCCGAAUCUGUCUUGAUAUCCUGAAAGAAAAAUGGAGUGCCGUGUAUAAUGUGCAAUCUGUUCUCCUAAGCUUGCAAAGCUUGCUAGGGGAGCCUAAUAAUGCCAGCCCACUGAAUGGGCAGGCCGCCGAACUGUGGGACACCAAUCCGGAGGAGUUCAAGCGGCACGUCCUGGCUCGACAUCGUGAUAUUGAGGAACUUGAAUGA